AUGUCGGCAGCUAUGGAUAGGGCUCUCAUGGCUCUCUCACUGGAAGAUGAGGAAGAGGAAGUUCCGUUUGCCAUGCCGGAGCUCCCUGGAUUUAGCCGAGGAAGUGGCAGAAGGAAGAUCGAGUUAGGGAGGGUAGCGCUGUCGGAAGAAAAGUUCCAGUUCAUCUUUAAAAAUGAGCAUGAUCUGAUAGAUGUGCUAGAGAAAGGAGUUCAGACCUUCAAUGACUGGACGAUUAUCUUGGAAAGAUGGGUGGAGAACCCGCCUGACGAUUAUCUCCAGUAUAUCCCUCUCUGGGUCCAGAUAAGCAAAAUUCCUGUCAAUUACUACACAGAGGCUGCUCUCAUGACGCUAGGGGAGAUGCUAGGUGAAGUGAAGGUUAUGGCCUUCGAUCCGACGAAGCCUAUCACGCAACCCUUCAUUAGGGUUCAGAUUCGUUUCAAUGUUGCUAAUCCCCUGAAGAUGGCGAGGGUUCUGGAUAUGGGAGGAGGCAAAACUCAUACGAUUCACUUCGAUUACGAGAAGUUCCAGAAGAGAUGCUAUACCUGCAAGAGGCUGAAUCAUGAGAAAAAAUUCUGUCCGCUGAAGAUCAAAAAACGUCAAUCUGAUGCUCUGCAGAGAAAAGAAAGGAUCAUAGCAGAAAAGUCCAAAGUCAACAUUGUUCUGCAACAUAAUGACCCUCUUUUCGGGGUGUUGGAAGAAGAGCAAGUAGGACUGAAUCCAAACACAGGAAGGCCGAAAAUUGCUAGUGAAGUGUUAGAGGAAAUGAGAAGAUUUCUACUUGCUGAUACGGGUGAAACUCUGGCUAUCAAGGUUGACAAGGUGAAGAAAUCAGUUAGAGAAGCUGAGAAAGAUCCUCUGUUACAGAAGACCAUUCUAAGACUAGAGCAAGCUCCGGUUUUAACUACGGAUUUAAACAAUGGCAAAGGACCAGUGUUUGACUUCGGAGAUAAGGAGAUUGACAGACGUAAUUGGGACCUCAACGCCAAGCCGACCAAACUCUUGGCUGACUCCAUGAAAGCUAACAGAAAUGUCUUGCUGUCAGAGGCUGCGACUAGAUUCAAUAGCGGUUCGAAUGUUGAGGCUGAAGGUUCUACCUGGACACAUUUUCUGACAGUCUUACGGUGUUUCGAGUUGGGUUCUCUGAACCUUGUUCUUCCGGGACUGUUAGAAAACGGGUGCCGGUUAGGAGAAGGCCUCCACGAGCUCAAAGACAGCGCCAGUUGUUAGCUCUCACUGGUGGGAAUGAGGUUCAAGUGGGAGAGAGAAGAGAAGGGAAGCAGGAAGUUGGUUCGAGAAAGAGGAAGAAGGUUAACCAAGGAACUGAGAAAGUUCCAUCCAUCAAGGUGCAAUGCCUCUCGGUGAUCCUAAGGGAGGGAUUGCCCCCUCCCCAAUGAGCAUUAUGAGCUGGAAUUGCCAGGGAUUGGGGCGGCCUCAAGACCUGACAAUUCAUCGUCUGCGGGAGAUGUGUAAAAAGCAAUGCCCGGAGAUUCUGUUUUUGAUGGAAACAAAAAACUGUUUUAAUGUACUGAUUGAUCUGCAAGUUUGGUUAGGAUUUGAUAGAGUCUACACUGUAAACCCGACUGAGUUGAGUGGAGGGCUUGCUGUUUUUUGGAAGAAAAAUGUAAGAUUGGAAGUUAAGAAGGCUAAUAAAAAUAUUAUUGACUGCUUGGUUCAUUUUGGAGGGAAAUCCUUUUACCUCUCGUGUAUAUAUGGAGAUCCAGGAAGUGAAGGAAAAGCUAGAGUGUGGGAAAGUAUCAGUAGGAUUGACUGUCAUCGGAAGGAGCCAUGAUGUCUCAUAGGAGACUUUAAUGAGAUUUUAAACAAUUCUGAAAAGGUGGGAGGGCCUAGAAGAUCUGAAGCGUCCUUUAUACCUUUUGCUGAUAUGUUGGAGUGCUGUGAGAUGGAGGAAUUCACAAGCAAAGGAAACAUGUUUACUUGGGAAGGCACUCGAUGGAAGAAAAGAAUUCAAUGCUGUUUGGAGGAAGUUUUGGGAAUAAAACUUGGCUCUCUUUGUUUCCAAACUCUAACCAAACCUUCUUGGAGAAACGUGGGUCUGAUCACAGACCGGUAUGGUUGAACCUUUUUAUAGCUAGCAGUAGCUUUAAAGGACAGUUCCGGUUUGACAAAAGGCUACUGAUUAAUCCGGAGGUUAAAGGUCUUAGUGACAAGGACUGGAGGAGCACUGGCACUAACCGCAAUCUUAAAGUGUCACAAAAGAUCAGUAGAUGUAGAACGGUGCUGAGUCGUUGGAAGAGAGAGAACCAGACGAAUGCUAGAAUCAAAAUUCUUAAACUGCAGGACAUAAUGGACUGGUUCCAAUCGAAACCGUACCCCUGUAGAUUUAUGAUUGAAGGUAUUCGCAGAGAGUUGGUUGGGGCUUAUAAAGAGGAAGAAAUGUUUUGGAAACAGAAGAGUAGAGACAAGUGGCUGGUGUUUGGAGACAGAAGUUCGAAAUUCUUCCACGGCUCGGUCAAGAUGAGAAGAUCAAAGAAUCAAGUCUUGAAGUUAAAAGACAAGGAUGGACAUGAGCAGUGGACAGAUGAAGCUAAAGCUGAGAUUGCUAAUGAAUAUUUCAAUGAGCUCUUUAAGUCUACCAACACAAAUGCGUAUGAUCAUGUCUUUCAAGACUUUGUGCCGAGAGUAACCAACUCGAUGAAUGUUGAUCUAUUGAGGAACGUUUCUAAGGAGGAAGUCAAGGCCGCUAUUUUUUCUAUAAAUGCUGAUAGCGCCCCAGGGCCUGACGGCAUGACUGGCGUCUUCUUUCAAAGAUACUGGGACAUAAUUUGGAGAGCAGGUUACAAGUAAAAUUUGUGAAGUUUUUGCCCAGGGUAUUCUACCGCAGGAAUGGAACCUCACCUAUCCCUGCUUGCUGCCCAAGAUACCUAACCCUGAGCACAUGUCUGACUUGAGACCAAUAAGACUUUGUUCGAUCCUUUAUAAGACGGUUUCUAAGAUAUUGGUUAGGAGAAUUCAGCCUCUCCUCCCGACCAUUGUCUCAGUGAAUCAGUCUGCAUUCGUCUCCGAGCGUGUGAUAUCAGACAACAUUGUCAUAGCGCAUGAAGCGGUUCAUGCCCUCAAAGCCCACCCUAAGAUAGCUCAGGAGUACAUGGCAGUUAAAACCGACAUGUCUAAAGCGUAUGACCGGGUAGAAUGGAGCUAUCUGAGAUCACUACUGCAAACUUUGGGCUUUGAUGAAAGAGUGGUCGACUGGAUUAUGAUGUGCGUGACCUCGGUGACAUAUUCGGUUCUGGUGAAUGACCAACCCUAUGGUUUAAUCUCGCCACAGAGAGGAAUUCAACAGGGAGAUCCCCUCUCUCCCUUCUUAUUUGUGCUCUGCACCAAAGGGCUAACACAUCUGUUAAACGUGGUGGAAAGAAAUGGUUUAUUAAAUGGUGUGUGCUUCUCGGAGGACGGCCCAUCAAUUCACCACCUCCUCUUUGCCGAUGACAGCCUAUUCAUGUGCAAAGCUACCCUAGCUCAAGCUACGGUUCUUCACCGGGUUCUUGAGUUUUAUGGGGAUGCUACAGGCCAGUGCAUCAAUCUGUUGAAGUCCUCGAUCUCUUUUGGGGGCAAGGUGGAUCUCCAGACUCGGUUUCUGGUGCGUGAGAUCAUGGGGACUGAUAAUGAAGGUGGAGCAAGUAAAUAUAUGGGGCUUUCGGAAUGUUUCUCCGGAUCUAAAGUUGAACUAUUCUCUUAUCUGAAGGAUAAGACACAAGCGCGGCUUGAUUUGUGAUAUUUACAGCAUUUAUCUCAAGGAGGGAAAGAGAUACUAUUAAAAUCAACGGCGGGAGCUAUACCUGUGUCUGCCAUGGGAUGUAUUAAACUUCCCAAGACGGUUCGUUCCAAGCUUGCUAGCAUGAUGGCCAAUUAUUGGUGGAGCUCUGAGCUUGGUCACAGGAAGAUUCACUGGAUCUUGUGGGACAAGCUGUGCUUACCGAAAUGCCUUGGUGGAAUGGGGUUCAAGGAUCUAGAGUGUUUUAACCAGGCUAUGUUAGCAAAGCAAGCAGAGAAAAUCCUUAACAGCCUGCAGUGUCUUCUUGCGAGGUUUCUUAAAAGCAUUUAUUUUGUUGAUGGAGAUUUUCUCUCGGCUCCAGUGGGUGCAAGACCCUCCUAUGCGUGGAGAAGUUUGUUUUUUGGUAGAGAACUUCUUCAAAAAAGACUGAAGCUACGACUAGGGAAUGGUCAAAGAACAAAAGUUUGGCUAGACAAGUGGGUUGAUGAUCCGAUAGUGGGACUCAGGGCGCCUUGGAUAAAGAACACGACCUUUGAUGUUAAUCUCAGGGCGGAAUCUCUUAUUGAUUUUGAAUCGAGAAGAUGGAACCAACAUAAGCUAAGUGAGGUGUUUGUUCAAGGGGAUGUUGAGAUCAUCUCUCGAUGUCAACCAGUGUGUCAUAGAGAUGACUUUUUCACUUGGAAUUACAACAAAAAUGGUCGCAUUCCUGUGAAAUCGGCCUACUGGUUGGCAUCUAUGGAAAAGUUUAAGGUUCAGCAUCCAGGAUCUUUCGAGUUGCCGUCUCUGAAUGAGUUGAAAGAGAGCUGUUGGCGGGUUCAGACAACACCAAAAAUUAGAGUCUUCAUUUGGAAAGCUAUGAGUGACGCCCUGUCGGUUGCGGAGCUGAUCAAUGCUAGAGGAAUGAAAGUUGAUGCCAGAUGCCAUGCUUGCGGUGAGGAACCUGAAACAAUAAACCAUGUGCUUUUCACUUGUCAUGUGGCCAGACAGGUUUGGGCCCUUUCCAGUAUUCCAACCCCGCGUGGAGGCUUCCAUGAGUCGUCAGUCUACUCAAACCUUAAUUUUCUGCUCAAUCUGAAGAGCGACGUUAAUGGGUCUCUGAGAGUAUGGAGAAGCUGGCCAUGGAUUGUGUGGAACCUUUGGAAAAGAAGAAAUGAAUUGAGCUUCAGAGGGAGAGAACUUACUUUGGAGGAAGUGGUAAAGAAGGCGAAAAAUGAGACUGAAGAAUGGCUCCUUGCGUAAAAUGUGGAGAAGGAAAGGUCUGUCUCUGAGAAAGCAAUUAACCCAGUGGUCGGUGCUAGAUGGAAACCGCCCCCGUAUGGUUGGCUGAGGUGUAAUGUGGGAGUGGAUUGGAGUAAAAAGGACAGCCUCGGUGGUGGAGGUUGGGUCCUAAGGAACGAGAGUGGGGUUGUUAUCCUUCACAGUCGGAGAGCUUUUUCGGGUUUGUGUAACAAAGAUGAAGCAAACUUUGAAAUUCUUAAGUGGGUGGUUGAAAGUUUGAAAAGCCACCACAUCUCGAAUGUGAUCAUAUCUGGGGACAUGGAGGCCAUGCUUGGAGGAAUCGCAAGACCUGAUGCUUGGCCAUCCUUUCUCUUCUAUGCUGGUGAAAUUGAAAGAGAGUUGGCAGAAACUCAGGGUAUUAUUUUUCAAAAAGUGCCGAGAGAGGAAAACAGAGGAGCCAUGCUUAUUGCGCAAAGUGUGACUAGAAAGGGAUUGACCUAAUCUUAUGUGGCAAGAGGCCAUCCGAAUUGGUUGCAUGAUCUUUUUGUUAACGAAAGUAGUAAUCUCUAGUUAGAAGGUUUUUUAUUGCUUCAGGUUCCAGUAGAGAGUAUUUUUUUGGGAGAUAUGUUAUAAUGGCGAAUGGUACCGUAUUCCUAUUUUGGGUACGUGGUCCCUUCGGCAUUAUUCAACGGCUCUGCUCUGGGUGGUAUGUGGGUUGUAUUAUUACCGGAUAGGUGUAUAUGUUGGCAUAUAAGUUCUCUGAAAAUCAAUGAAAUUGUUGUCGGAAAAAAAAUUAAAUUGCAUAAACGCCUCGUACGGUUGUACCAUUCGUGUCAUUGCUUUAGUUUAUAUAUAUGCAUGUAUGUAUUUUGAGAUGAUAAUAGUAAUUAUCAUACUUAAUUGCAACAAAAAAAAUGUAAAAUUAAUCAAUCAACAAAAAUGUUUAGUGCAAAUCUAAGCAACUUUGAUCGCGAUAUGUGUCAAUAAUUUUUUUUAAAUUGUGACAUGUGUCAAAAAUAUGAUUUCCUUUUUUUAAGAUUUAAAAAUAUGAUAUAAUAUUACAAAAAUAUGUUUUUACAAUUCUUUUUAAGAUUUUGGAAAAGAACAAUUACUAUUACAUAGUCUUUUACAAUUAUAUAUUGUUAAAAUGGGAUAGUAAUUUUCAUUUGUGUUUCAAAUAAAAAAUGUAAUUUUCACUUUUUUUUAAUCCUAAACAAGUAAAUAAUUAUAAAAGAUUAUUUGAAAGUAAAUUUAUUUUUUGUUUAAAAAAUAUAAUUUUCUUUUUUAAAGAUACUAAAGAAAGAAAAUUUUGAAAGAAAAAUAUUAACUAAAGUUAAAAAAAAAACGAAUUAUCAAAAU